AUGAUUCUGGCACUAAUGAAACAGGUCCUCGUGAAACUUCCCUACCUACACCCCACCAAUCAGCUUGACCUUAUUUCUAAAAGAGAAAGGAAGAAUAAUACCUGGAUCAUCAUUGGAUGCAAGCGAAGCAUCUCUCGCCAACUGCACUGCAACUUCAAGUCUCUAUACAGCAUUUCUCGUAUCAAAAAAUUUCGUAACGUUGCAGCCAUGUCUACAAUUUCCAAUGCAAUCAUCAAAGACCACCGCGAGCUGAAGCAAUACUACGAUGAGGUGGUCAACAAUGUUAAUAAUCAUGAUCACCAGCAGCGAUUCGGCAACCAAUUCACAUGGGAACUCGCUCGCCACUCGGUUGGGGAGGAACUUGUUGUUUAUCCUGCCUUUGAGAAGCAUCUCGGCGUUCAAGGCAAGGAGAUGGCUGAGCAUGAUCGGAAAGAACAUCAUAAGGUUAAAUUAAUGCUAAAGGAAUUCCAAAACAUGUCAGCCUCUGAUCCAAACUAUGUUCCUAAGCUUCAGGAACUGUGGAAGUCGCUUGAGGAACAUAUCGAGGAAGAGGAACGUGAUGAUAUGCCCGCUUUGGAAGAAAAGCUGCGAUCCAUCGAAGGAGAGACGGAGUCUAUGGCCAAGUCGUUCGGCCGGACCAAGGCAUUUGUCCCGUCACGCAGUCACCCAAGCGCCGGAGAGCAUCCGCCGUUUGAAACUGUCAUGGGCCUCUUGACCGCACCUAUCGACGAUGUGGCCGAUAUCUUUAGGAAGUUUCCCGACCAGACAAUCUCUCCUAAUCCAUCUACGAAGUAA